UUCAAGCAUCUUUUUAAUGCUGAUGCCAGCUGCCUCUACAAGUAGGCAGAUCUCAGGCAAUGAGGGGGGACAGGCGGCAAAGAGCCUUGGCAGCCCUCUCUCUCAGUUUCAUCUCAUUAAUCUUCUCCAUCACAGCCUUCGGCAGCAGCUAUUGGUGUGAAGGGAUCAAGAAAGUCAUCAAGCCUUUUUGCAAUGAACUCCAGGAUGGCCCCCACUGCAUCCGCUUCAACAGCUCCGGGGCAAACAACAGCAACGUGGUUCAUUACAUCUGGGAGACUGGGGAUGACAAGUUCGUGGACCGAAAGUUUCACGCUGGUAUCUGGUAUUCUUGCGAGGAGAUUCUCAAUGAAGAAGGAGAGAAGUGUCGAAGUUUUAUCAGCCUGACACCUGCAGCAGAUCGAGGGGUGUUGUGGCUGUCUAUUGCAGCAGAACUCCUCUACAUUACUUUACUCCUGAUGGGUGCCAGUCUCAUGUUGAUUGAAAUCUGCCAUUCCAUCAGUGUCCUUGAUGGGCUGAAACUCAAUGCCUUUGCUGCUAUAUUCACCGUUCUAGCAGGUCUCCUGGGAAUGGUGGCUCAUAUGAUGUAUACAACUGUAUUCCAAAUGACUGUCAAUCUUGGUCCAGAAGACUGGCGCCCACAGACCUGGGAUUAUGGCUGGUCUUACUGUCUUGCAUGGGGCUCCUUUGCCUGCUGUAUGGCUUCGUCCGUGACUACGAUGAACCGAUACACAAAAACCAUUCUGGAGAUCAAAUAUAAACAGAAAAAACUGGAGAGAAGUUUAAAGAUGAAGCCCAAGUACUCAGAUCCAGAGAGAGGAUGGACGAUGUACAUUGACACUGUGCACAGCACAGCUGGAGACUUCAUGCACCACCUGACGGACAUUCACACCCCGGUCAACCCUACAGCAUUUUCAAGAUUGAAUAACAUCCCUUUGGCACAUUGUGAAGAAUAUUGUUAAACCUUGGCUGCUGUAGGGAGAUGGGUGGUUGGCUUAGCCAGUGCUGACUUGAGGCAUUCUUUUGUAUGUCAAAGACUGAUACUUUAACUGCAAAACAUGUUGGUGACUUACAAAGGGAAAAACAAACAAAAAGCAAAGCCUUAUUCCUUUUCAUUUCUCCUCUCCUUUUGCUUCGGUUCUGAUUGAGGGCAACAACCAGUCAAAAUUAAGCUUUUAAGUUGCAUUGAUUUUUAGCGGGCGGUGACUGACAUCGCCAUUCUAUAUACCAGAAAUAGGUCCCAUUCUGUGAGAUUUAAUCCCAGGUAAGUGAACAAACACUUGCUUAGCUCUCCUGCUGAAAUCAAUGGGACUUAAAAAUAGCAUCCUAUUUAAGCAUUUUGAGAUGUUAAAUGCGAUUGUGAUUAUCAUCAACAGCAAAAAUAAUAUGAAAAACAAUCACACACAGGGAUGACUAUGUAUUUUUUGAGUAAGGAAGGGGAAAUGAUACCGUUCAGAAGAAUUUCAUAUCACAACUAAACUAAAACAGAAAUGAACUUUAAAGAGAAAGAUGUUUUUGAAAAAAAGACUGGUUUUCUGAAUUACACAUUAAGGAUUGGAGCUUUGCUUCACGAAUCCUUUGGGGUUUGGGCUCUGACACCAAGAUAGAUGGCCCUCUCUCAUUAGGGCUAAAUUUUACAACAGCAAAAACAAAUUCAUCCUGCAAACUUCUUUGCACUUUUUAAUAAUGCCCACUGAGGCACCUGUAAAAGUUCUCUUCUGGUAGGGAAAUAAAGAAAACUUUUUGUAUUAUAACUUUCUGCUGCCAAGAAACCCCUUGAGCAAGUAAUUACUAUCUGACAAGUGAAUCUUGCCAACUGGGUCUUUAUACUUUGGCUAUGGGGAAAGGUGAAGUAAACAAAGGAAGUGAUUACAAAGAUUUAAUGGCUAAGUUAUAGAUCUCAACUCACACAAAUAGUGUAGUGUCUUGUGCUGUGGAUGAUAGUAAAAGCAGCAGCCAGCAAGUAUGACACAGCUGUCAAACUGUGCCAAAAAUUCCCCAGAUCUCUUCAACUGUGGGAUUUCAUGAGACCAGAUUUUAGUUUCUGUUCUUGGCUCCUUGCCAGAGUGCUUAUCUUCCAUUAGAUGGAGUGAUGUUAUCUGUCUCCGUGAGGGCAGAAACUAGGGAGCUAUUUAAAGAGUAUCACACAUUAUAUGCUAUUACAUUUAUUAUAAUUUCACUAUAAAGUGAGGUACAUCAUUUGAAUUUUUGCUCCAGAUACAAAAUUAUUCUGCAUCAUUUCUGGUCCUGGUCCAUCAUAGGAACAUAUGUGAAUAUGAUUGAUAUAUCUUAGUAAUUACAACAGGUUUUUCAAGUCAGCUUAUUCUGACAAUCCCACUGGCUUGACACAGCAGAUAUUGAUUAAAUUACUGGUUCAAGGCAGAAAAUUAUGAAGAGUGUUUUGGGAGAGCUUUAGGACUAUGUCUUACCGCUGUGUUAGUAGUGUGAUUGGUAGCUUCUCAGCCAGUGCAGUGUUAUUGUUGCUGUUGUUGUCUACCUUCAAGGGAUUUCUGAGUUAUGGUAACCCUAAGACAAACCUAUCACAAGGUUUUCUUGGUAAGAUUUGUUCAGAGAGAAGUUGCUUUGCCCUCCUCCAAGACUGAGCAAGUAUGACUUGUCCAAGGUCAUCAGUGGGUUUCCAUGGCCAAGUGGAAAUUUCGACCUUUGUUUCCAGAGUUGCAAGUCAACACUCAAACCACUAUACCUCACUAGCUUGCACGAGGUGAUAUUGGAUACCUUCUUAUGCAAGAGUGGAAAUACCCCUGUAGUCUGGGGUAAGUGCUAUAAGAUAUUGCCAGUUCAGCAAGAGACGAGCCCUUGCAGCAAGGUGCUGAGUCAUUUUAAUCUACCAAAAAGUGGCAGUUAUUUCACGUUCCAAUAAUACAAUUAGAAACUUUAAGAAGCAAAUGCAGGAUAAGAAAAUUUGCUGUGACAAAUGGCGCUUCUCACACCUUUCCCAUGCUAUUGGGGAUACAAGAACAAAUUAAGGACUUCAUCCCACAAUCUAUCUCCAAUGUGUCUAUACCCUUAAAACCCAGUGUCCACCGGAUCCCGAAGGAGCCUGUCGGAUGAUGCAAGAUCCUCCCAUGGGUUCCCUGUUUGAGCGCAUUUCUUAAGUGUAUAGAAACAUUUUCAAAGGUCACUUGGGACUUCAGAUGUUUCCCUGUGCAUAGAGACAAUUUAAACAGUGAAAUUUAGGUGUGAUGGGGAUUGUUUUCUUUUCCUGUGUUCUUUCUGUUGUGAUGUCCUGUGGGUAGGUCCUUAAAAGCACCCCAAAGAUGCAGUUAUCACCAUUAUUCCAAAGACAACAGACAGAGAGGUAAAUACUAAAAAAUACUAUAAUUUGCUAUAUAGGAAAGUUUCCCAUUCCAGGAAACCUUUAGUUCUUCAGUACAUCCCAAGUUGCUCAGGGAUAUCGUUUUUUCAUUGGAUAACUUGUUUUCAAUCUUUUAAAAGUGCAUUCAAAGCAUUUGUACAUUUCACAAAACAUUCAUUCUGUUGAGUUUUAAGCAUUGUAUAUAAAGGCUAUUGUGCUAUAAUUUGAUAAACCCCCUUUUAAUACA